CUAAAAUACCUUUCAAACACAGCCUUUGCCAGCCUUCGAGAACCCGUCGUGUCUAUAUACCAUUCUCCAAGCCCCUUCUUCACACUCAUUCCGAAUAUCUCACUCUCUCUUCCUUAUAUAUACACACACACAUCACAGACACCCAACAAUAUUAUUCACCAUUGUAGUGGAAACAACUUAGCUAGAGAGAGAAAGUGAGAGAGAGAGAGAAGAGAGAGAGUGAGUUAUGGCGUCGGCCGACAAGGCGGUGGAGACUGUGAUAGUGGGGAAUUAUGUGGAGAUGGAGACUGAGGGGAAGCCAAACGACAUGAAAACAAGACUCUCCAAGUUCUUUUGGCAUGGCGGUUCUGUCUAUGAUGCUUGGUUUAGCUGUGCUUCAAACCAGGUGGCGCAAGUUCUGUUGACGUUGCCAUAUUCAUUUUCCCAGCUGGGAAUGCUUUCUGGAAUACUCUUUCAGCUCUUCUAUGGCGUGCUGGGAAGCUGGACAGCUUAUCUCAUUAGCAUACUCUACGUUGAGUACAGAACCAGAAAAGAAAGAGAAAAAGUUGAUUUCAGAAACCAUGUUAUCCAGUGGUUUGAAGUUCUUGAUGGGCUCCUUGGAAAACACUGGAGGAACGUGGGUUUGGCGUUUAACUGUACAUUUCUUCUGUUUGGAUCUGUCAUUCAACUAAUAGCUUGUGCGAGCAACAUAUACUACAUAAACGAUAAUCUGGACAAGAGGACUUGGACUUAUAUCUUCGGAGCUUGCUGUGCCACCACAGUCUUUAUUCCUUCGUUCCACAACUACAGAGUCUGGUCGUUUUUGGGCCUCUUGAUGACCACUUACACCGCUUGGUACCUCACUGUCGCUUCCCUACUCCAUGGUCAGAUUGAGGGAGUUAAGCACUCUGGGCCAACCAAGUUGGUGCUAUACUUCACCGGGGCCACAAACAUUCUCUACACAUUCGGGGGACAUGCCGUCACUGUGGAAAUCAUGCACGCUAUGUGGAAGCCCCAGAAGUUCAAGGCCAUAUACUUGCUAGCUACCCUGUAUGUGCUGACACUGACACUUCCGUCCGCUUCAGCUGUUUAUUGGGCAUUUGGAGACAUGCUUCUCAACCACUCCAACGCCUUUUCUCUGCUCCCAAAAUCCCCCUUCAGAGACAUGGCUGUCAUUUUAAUGCUUAUCCACCAGUUUAUUACAUUUGGGUUUGCAUGCACACCAUUAUACUUUGUGUGGGAGAAAGCGAUUGGAAUGCACGAGUGCAAGAGCUUGUGCAAGCGUGCGGCGGCGAGAUUGCCUGUGGUCAUCCCCAUCUGGUUCUUGGCCAUCAUCUUCCCUUUCUUUGGUCCCAUCAACUCCACCGUCGGAUCGCUCCUCGUCAGCUUCACCGUCUACAUUAUCCCCGCCCUGGCCUACAUCUUCACCUUCAAAUCAGCCGCUGCCAGAGAGAAUGCUGUGGAGCAGCCACCAAGGUACUUCGGAGGAUGGGUCGGGACGUACGUGAUCAACGGGUUUGUAGUGGCGUGGGUCCUAGUGGUGGGGUUUGGAUUCGGUGGUUGGGCGAGCAUGACAAACUUCAUACACCAGAUUGACACGUUCGGGCUUUUCACCAAGUGUUACCAAUGCCUUCCUCCACCGCCCGCAGGCGCGGCGGCCCCUCGGCUCCUCAAUGCCACGGCAGCACCUCCUCCACAGCACCACCCUCAAUUCCACUCUCACCGCCCUUGACUUGUUCCGUACGGUGGACCCCACCUGAUUAUAUAAUGCCUCUUCAAACUAUGCUUGUUAGAACUAAUUGGACCUUAGAGAGGGACAAGUCAAAGACAGAUCUUAUAAAUUAAACUCCUUCAUGUGAUUUUAAUCUGUCUUUUGGCUAAUACUAUUUCCACCCAAGAUUAUUUCACUUUCUUUUUUAAUUUCUUUUUUCCUCCUAUGUAUCUUUCUUCCCUGUCUUUCCAAAGCAGCUUAGGUUUUUUUGUUGUGAUAUCCCAAGUGGGCAAAAAAA